CAAGAUCUCACGAAUUUCACCGGCAGAAGGGCUCGCGAACGCGGCCUAUGGAGGUGUCCUGCGGCGAAAACGCACGAGGUGGAUGUUUCAGGAUCGCUAUGCGCCAGACGACGGCAUUCAGCUGGUGGAGACAGGGCAUUCGGGUCAAAGCAUCAAGCUGCGGAGCAACUGCUUCCGGCUAUACUGGCCCAAAGAGUCCUUCGGCAUCCAUCACUACCGGUACCAGCUGUCAGACCCCACUGUUACCCCGAAGGUGGAGCGGUCGCUGCUGGAGUCGGCCUGGCCUCAGCUGAAGUCGUACCUGGGGCCCACCUUCUGCGUCCGCGCCCCGGGCCACAUCUUCACCCCGGCCACCGGAGAAGUCAAAAGCGGCGGCGGAAAGGUGGAGACGUUUCGCCUGCCACUGGAGUUGCAGCUGGAGGACGGAACGAACCUUGAGAUGAAGGUGACCUGGGCUGAGCUGAUCGCCCCUGACGAGAUUCAUGGCGACAUGGGCCCAGCCUCUGUGGUGAUGAAUCACAUCGUGAAUCAGCUGGCGGCCUCCAGAAACGUGCAGAAAGUUGGCAAGCGGCAUUACGACACCACCUUGGAGGGUGCCAAAGGACAUCACGAAGUGAUCAGUGCCUUUAGCAUCAACAUGGUGGCAAGCUGCGUGGGGCCUCUCAUGCAACUGGAUGUGAUGCAUCGACCGGUGGGCAGAAAGACCUUGGUGGACGUCAUCAGUGCCAACAUGGAAGGCACUGACAUCUUGCAGCACCAGGCAGACAAGGAGAUAGAGAAGGAGUGGCUGAGGUGCUGCGUUUCCGCAACUGUUGUCACUUCCUACAACAACCGGCCGUACCGGAUCAAGAAGGUCCACUUUGAUAAGAACCCGUCGCAUGUGUUUCAGAUGUAUGAGAGAGAGGCACGGCAGUUCAUCGAAAUGUCGUUGGAGAAAUACGUGGAGGUGCAUUACAACCGUAAGAUCCACAUGAAGAGGCAGCCCUUGCUGGAAGCCUUCCCGGAGAAGGCUUCGGAGACGGUUCUCUUGCUGCCGGAGCUUUGCCUUCCUACCGGGGUGAACGAAGAGAUCCGGAGGGACAAGAACCCACUGGGCGAGGCCCUGAAGCAGCUCAAGGUCUCACCGCAGGAGCGGUUCAACACCAUCGUCCGCCACGCUGCGGCUUUGCAUUCGGACGCCGCUGACCUCUGCCACAGCUGGGGCUGCAGCAUUCAGAAGCUUCCGCUGGAGGUCGAAGCAAGGCAGCUGGAGCCUCUACAAGUGGCUUUCCACGAGAAGCACGACAAGAAGAGCUAUUCCGUCGAAGAUGGCAACUUCUCGCGGUGGCUGCGAAACGGUUUGUUGUGCCCCGUGACGAUCGACAAUUGGCUUCUCCUUUACCCGCACGCGGAUGAACCAGUUCUGGAGAUCUGGCUGCGAUCUCUGAAGGACAUUGCCAAGGUGGCCUUCGGCAUGGCGCUGAACGAGCCGCGGCGGCGCUGCGUCUCGGACCAGCGCAACGAGUUGGGGGCGGUGCUGGCGGAGGAGGUUACGCCCAACACCCAGUUGCUGCUGCUCUUGACCCCCAACCGCGACGGCCGCAAGGUGUACCAGCUGUUCAAGGAGAUUGCCUGCUGCGAGCGGCCCUGCAUCUCCCAAGUGGUGAGGAGCGACACUAUCCGCAAGCGGCAGUCCAUCGCGGCGAUCCUGAGCAAGGUGGUCUUGCAGAUCAACGCGAAGUUCUUCGGCGCGCUGUGGCACGUCAUCCCCAGGGAGCCCGAAGAAAAGGCCUUCGAAGAGUUCCGGAGCGUCCCUUUCAUGGUCCUUGGCAUCGACGUGUACUGCACCUUCGACGGUCAGCGCUGGCUGGGCCUGGUGGCGACCUUGGACAGGCCCUGCUCACAGCACUUCUCCAUGGCGGCCUUGUUGGAUCAGCAGGACUGGCGGGGCUCGUUGUCGCUGAAGCUGCAGCAGCUCUUCCGUGACGCCUUGCUGUGCUUCGCCCAGGCGAACGCCAAGGUGCUGCCGCAGAACUUCCUGGUGUACCGGGCCUCCACGGACCCCAAGGAGUGGCCGCAGGUGGAGGCCCAAGAGGUGAAAGCCUUGCAGACGGUCUUCUCCUCCACCUCUGCGGCCGCCGGGCCCAACUACGCCCCGAAGCUGACCUUCAUCACCAUCGCCAAGCGCGGGAACCUGCGGCUCUUCUACCCUGCCCCCGACUUGGCGAACUUGCGGAAUCCCGAGCCGGGCAUCGUGCUGGAUGACCCCGCCCUGUGCGCUGGCAAGGUGCCCAGCUUCUACAUGAUCUCCCAGGCCAUCGUCAAGGGCAGCGCCAUCCCUACCCACUACUCCGUGCUGUUGCAGGGAGACAUGACCCUGGACUUCAUUGAGAACUUCACUCACCGACUUUGCCUAAUGUAUUUCAACUGCUCCGCCGCCAUCAGCCUGCCUGCUCCAGUCAUGUAUGCGAAGAAGCUGGCGUUUUUCGUGGGCACGGUGGUCAGGAAGCCACCUCACAAGCGCUUACAAAGGACACUUUUCUAUUUGUAGCAAAUGGCUCAGGAGGUUCGGUGCGGACCGAGCCGCUUGUCACGGACCACUUUGUCAAUGGGAUUUCUGGAUUGUGGCCCAGUGUUUGAACGUAGAUUUAAGCCUCAAUAAGACCCUUCAAGGCCCAAUUGAGACUCUCCAGAGCGGCUCACGCGGGAAGCUGGAAGCUUCUUUCCGGUCGUGCGGGUUUCUGGCGUCGGUGCAGCCUCAGUCACAGCUUCGGUCGUCUAAGUUAGCGCCUCUGUCAAUGAGGAAUCCCAGGCGCUAAUUUGGGACAGCUAGUAGUUCAGUACAUUACUCUGGAAAUCUCUGAAAUGUGGAAGCGCGUUGCGGAGAUGCGACUGUUGUGUCCCGGAGCCCGACGUAUAAGGAGAAAGCAUGUGCGCAGACAAAAAGCACAAGAGCCAAACGAGAGACUUGUUUGGCCCAAAUGUUUCGAAAUAUAUCCAUUUGUGAGCAACCCAGGCCUUUGUGACUUGGCUGGGAUUUCUUGGCACUCGAGGUCUGGCUCAAUGCGGAGCUCUGGG